AUGUCGAUCAAGCGCUUUCACAUUGAAAUCUCUCAGGGGGACAUAAAACGCUUGAAAGAGAAGCUUGCACUCGCAAACUAUCCUAUCCAGGAUGGUAGAAGUUGCUGGCGUUCUGGUGCACCAAUAUCUGAUAUCCAAAACCUGGGAUUACAUUGGCUCAACAAUUUUGACCUACAGGCAGCGAUAUCUCGUCUGAACCAGUAUCCUCAAUAUCUUGCACCGGUAGAUAUUGACGGAUUCGGAGUGCACAACAUCCAUUUCAUUCAUCAGAAGCAUCAAAAUCCGCGCGCUAUACCGUUGCUCUUUCUUCACGGCUGGCCAGGCUGCUUCCUGGAAGGCACCCGAAUACUUCCGCUCCUCUCAAGCGUUGAUGGCCAUGAUUCACCCUCCUUUCAUGUGGUUGUUCCGAGUUUGAUUAACUUCGGCUUCUCGUCCGGUAACAACAGUCCCGAGUUCGGUGUCAGCCAGCACGCCGAGGCUUACCACAAGCUCAUGCUGAUACUAGGCUAUGAUGAAUACGUGGUUCAAAGUGGCGAUGUGGGACAUCUCAUUACAAGAUUCAUGGCGAUGAAAUAUGGCCCGGCCUCGUGCAAAGCAUAUCACACGAACACAGCAUGGCCUGGGCAACCUACAGCAGACAGUCGCCCCGAUAUAUUGGCCAAAAUUGAAGCUGCUCCCUUAACCGAGGCUGACGUUGCCGGUCUGCAGCGAGCGGGCGAGUUUAUGACUGAAGGCAUGGGCUACUACAAGCAGCUAUCUACAAAGCCUCGUACUAUAGGGUUCAGUCUGUGCGAUAGCCCAGUCGGUCUUCUCGCCUGGAUUUAUGAGAAGUUGCACGAUUGGAGCGACGACUAUCCCUGGACUGACGACGAGAUAUUGACUUGGGUGACCAUUUACUACUUUUCUAAGGCCGGACCAGAUGCCGCGGGGUAUAUUUACUAUGCCAUGGAACAUGGACAACCACGAGCACUUGCAACUGCUCAGUCGUAUAUUGACGUUCCUCUUGGCAUCACGCGAUUUUGCCACGAUAACAUUACGCUCCCAAAGGCAUGGAAUCAAUCGUUAGGACCUGUUGUGUUUGAAAGCAGUCAUGAGAAGGGUGGACAUUUCGCUGCUUGGGAACAGCCAGAUGCAAUAGUAAGCGAUCUCAUUGCCAUGUUCGGACGAGGUGGUCCCGUGUACGGGUGUGUGAAAGGCAAAGAUGGAUAUGCAGAGUGA